AUGGCGUUUGCUGCGACAUCACUUUCCGGCAGAAGGGAAAUCGAGGAGAAAGCAGCGACUAGCGUCUGGAGCGGAUACGUUAUCGCCCUUAAACCCGGUGUAUUUAUGUAAUACUCGGUUUACUCGAUUGUUUAUUCAUUGUUUAUGUCUUGGCUUUGUCGAUGAGAUUGUGUUCGACGUUUUACAAGCGUGAAUCUCCACCUUAAUGCGGUGGGAUGGCCACAGUGCCGCCUGGGCCUAGUAGCGCACUGUCCGCAUCCCCGGCUGAAAUCCCUCCUUUCCCCGGGGCUGGGAGUGCGGAGCCGGCGGGGGGAGACGGAGAGCCGGUGUGCUGCAGGGAGGACGGUAUACCCACCGACACAGGGAAGACGUGUCCUGUGGUAAGCGAGGCCAACACGUCAGUUCAGAAGAACCAGAAGAAGAUGCUAGCUCGAGUUAGCCCGGCGGCGUUGCACCUCAAAACGCAAGCCCGAGAGCAGCAGCAGCUAAACGGCUUGUCGAGCUCCGCAGAGGACACUGACAGCCAUGAACACGCAGGAAACCGGCCUGACAACCCGAGACCGUCCGUGGACAACUGUGACAGCUGCUGCAGCAGCAGCAGCGGCGGCAGCAGCAGCGAGGAGGCUCCAGCCGGGAGAAACAAUAGUGAGCUCUGCCAACAUGAAGGCCACAGCCCCUUCUCCAAAAACGGCAGUCACUCUCCCCUGGUUAACAACACCAUGAACGGGAUGCCGGGUUUCUCGAGAACUGACGCGGCCCACAGCCACGCAGAAAACCAAGAGAAACACGAGUUUGACCACAUGGAGCCCCCGAGACCUCCGAGCGACGAGCCGACGGACGCAGCGGGGCCCGGAGGAGAGCACAGCCCGGUCGACCAGCAGCUCCAGCCGCCGGCCGCGGAGCUCGCCCGGCUCGACCUGAGCGGCUCUCCCGGCCGGGCGGAGGAGGAGGACAGCCACGGCAUCCGAUAUGUCCGCUAUGAGUCUGAGCUGCAGAUGCCGUGGAUCAUGAGACUGAUCACCAAGGACUUGUCUGAGCCUUAUUCAAUUUAUACAUACAGGUACUUCAUCCACAACUGGCCGCAGCUUUGCUUUCUGGCCAUGGUGGAGCAGGAGUGUGUCGGAGCCAUUGUAUGUAAGCUUGACAUGCACAAGAAGAUGUUCCGUCGUGGCUACAUCGCCAUGCUGGCCGUGGACUCAAAACAUAGAAGGAAAAGCAUCGGUACUAAUCUAGUUAAAAAGGCCAUCUAUGCCAUGGUGGAGGGUGACUGUGACGAGGUUGUUUUGGAGACCGAAAUCACCAACAAAUCAGCUCUGAAGCUGUACGAAAACUUGGGUUUUGUAAGAGACAAGCGGCUGUUCAGAUACUACCUGAACGGAGUGGACGCGCUGCGGCUCAAACUGUGGCUCCGCUAGGGGAACGAAGACGGGACAGGGGGAGGAAACGGGACAGCCGGUGCUGUUCACCUCGUACACUAUCAGCUUGACAGCCUCAGCUCUGCCCUGGUCAUUUCACUCUUACACAAACACACACACACACAGUACACACCCUCACACACACACACACACACCUGUGUUCAGACAUGAGGAAUAUGCACAUAGACAUGCAAACACGCCCUGUUUUUGUCCUCGAGCUCUGAAAAAGUGUUGUUUAGGUAGAAAGGAUGAACACCCCACAUGAAGCGGCCCCUGAUACUUCCUGCGAUGAGAAGGAAGGGGGUGAGUGAGGGUGGUCUCUAGGAUGACCCUGGGGUGACCCUUUUGACCUUCAUGCUUGGAUGCCACAUUGACCGGGUCGUGAGGCAGCUCAAGUGAGGACACAGCAAAUCCUCGUGAAGAACACAGGACACAAACAAACUUAAGGAAAACAAAAACCACGUGAAACAAGGAAGCAGGGCAGCAUAAAUAGACUGGGGAGAAAAAAAUAUUUGUGGAGUUUAUUUUUGUGUUUCUUUUUUAACCUUGGAUGGUGGAUGCAGAAGCUAUAGUAUGACUGUGUGUUUGUACCGCCUCAUGUUUUAUUUUUAUUUUCCUGGAUAAGGAGUGUGUGGCCUGUUUUUGUGUGCAUGUGUGUGGUGUGCUUGUUUUCACUAUGAGAGUGUGUGACUGUGUGAAAUGUGAAUACUGUUGUUUGUUUUUUUGUUUCUCAUCCUGUCCAGUUUUCCAUCACCUGCCUCAGCCUCCAGGACUGAAGCCUGUAAAGAUAUGCAUGCAUUUAUUUUAAUGUGAGUGCGGGGAAAAGGUGUGAAGAGUGUGUAUGUGUGUGCCCAUUAACCCAGUCUCAAGCUAACCCCCUUGCUGUGCUUGGUGUAAGCAUGUUGGUGCAGAGCAGAUGAUCGAAAUCACUCCAUUAGAGCCUCAAACUUAGCCCACCUUUUCGCUUCAGUGUCCGUCACUAAAUCUCUUAUCAUCAAACCCUCACAGUACUCUUGAGGACUUUUUUCUUCAGAGCUGUUUUUUUUUUUCCAAAUGCACUGCCAGCUGCUGCAAAAUUCCCCAAGUAAGAGAAAAUAACAGACUCUUUGCCAACGAUCUUGAGGUCAAAUGUGUCACUCUUUUAAGAUGAUUCUCCUGUUUCUCUUUAAAGUGCCACUCAAUUCAUCUGCACUAUCAGCCACAACUGCAGUGACCUCGCCCCCUUAAAGGUGUCUCUCGGCAGCCUCGGCCCGGUUCUGGUCUGGUUGAAUUUUUACAUAUGCUGGAUUCCCGUUUUGAGUGUGCUGUGAAUGUGUGCGUGUGUGUUUAUCUCUUGAUUAAAAAAAAAAAAGGAAAAAUAGACAAGUAUUCUUAGCAGAUUAUAUUUUAUUCUUGUGUUCGCUUUCAGUUUAUUUGGAUUGUCUACUCUACACCUGUAUAACCUCAUGCUGCCCAACAGCGGCUGAGUCUAUGAUGCACUUCCAUGGGCCCUAAAACUCAAUGCACAACCAACCUCGCUAACAUUUUAAAUAUCCAACCUGGAACUUGUCAAAGAUGCACCCCAGACGUUCCAGACCCACACUAAUUAUGGCAGCAAAAAAAGUCUGCUUCAGCCUCUUUUUGUUUUGUUUUUAAAGUAAAAUGAACAAAGGUCAGAUGCACUUCUUUGGAAACUGCUGCGGUGUGUUUGUGUACGUGUGAAUGCGUCCAUGUCUGUCACUUUGUUUAUUUGACAACGGUGUGAAUCUCUUUUCUUAGACCCUGAACAGGAAACUUCUGAUCCUUUUAGGUGCUGUGUUUUACUCCAGCCUUGUGGUGUGGACACGACACAUUUCCUAUCCACAGAGAGAUGUGACGCAGCUCUGCUCACUUGUUGUCUUGAAUUAUGGAGUCUUUCAAUAAAGCAAGCAUCCCACAAGGUUUUAUUUGAUAAACAGUUUGUUACUGUUUUCUUUAAAUGCAUCAGUUUCUCAUAAUGUGGGACCAAAUUUGUUAAUAAGUUGCAGCCUGUUAAAGCCUGGUCUGUGGCACCAGCUUUUCGCAAAGCAUGUGGGAAUAGCUCACAGCAUGGACUAAAGUGGAGGCGACUCUUUUUUUUUUUUUUUUUUUACAGAUUUUUUCUGUCAUUAUGUCAAAAUCAUCCAUUAAAAGAAAAUGUAGUUGUAUACUGUUUAGUAUAUAAACCGUAUGGGAUGCUGUUUUGCUUUUUAAAGACCACACAAUACAAGACAACAAUUGAGCAGUGGAGCUGGGCGGCGUGUCUCUACGCAGCUUGGACAUGUUUGUUGUGCCUGCACCGUUAAAAGGACAACAGGAAGAAAGAAUUCACACACUUUGUUUUAAGCUUUCCACAAUGUGAGGUGAUGGGUAAUGCGGUAGAAGGGGUCGUAGGUUGUCUGGUUAAUAGUUGAGUGGACAAUAAAUCCUCUUUUUUUCCACAGUCCAAAAAAAAAAAACCCAACCCACAUAUACAAGUUGUUAAUGCAAUUUUAAGUACCAUUUUCCUUCAGAGUCUCAAAUUAUGCAAUUGGAUAUCUGUGUGCUUUCAUCCUGCCUAUAAUAAUCUGAGUGGAAAGCACUGUAAGACACGGCCAUGUGGCAUACAAACAGCUGCAAAUGUUUGACUUCAGAACACACUUAGGUCUGCAGCAAACAUUCGUGGUAGUCGGAUGCUCUGGAAUCGAUGGAUCCAUUUUCAUAGUUUGUUUCCCCUCUUAGUUAAAAUAUUUGAUCCCAGCAGCAAAGAAUUGAAAGAAAGGGAGAGUAGAUGUUUACAGAGUUGCCACCCACAUAACAGCCUGUGUAUGCAAGUGUGUGUCUGCAUUUGGAGCAAAGGAUCAUAUGACCUUUUAUUUUUUUUUUUUCAGAUUUGUAUUGUUCUACUCUUUGGAUAUUUUGAGAGCAUGUUUUUUUUUUUUUGUGAAUCAUCUGUUGGGAACGGGACGCUUUUAGUAGAUUUUUUUUAGAUUCAAUUUUUAUUUUGUGUUUCUGUGAAAUGGGAGUUAUGGGGCAGUUCAGAAACACUCUAGACUCUGAAACACAAACUACUCUGUUCACUGCUCAUCUGACACUGUUUAUAUUUCAAUUAUCACCCUGUGUUAACCUCUCCUGGUUUAUUUUGGUUAGGUUUGAAUCUUUGGUCACUGUGUUGGACACUUGUAUCCCCCUCCUCAGUGCCCCCUCACUGUCCCAGCCUUUCUUUGUCCUUCCAUCAACUACUGAUGAAUGGAAGAGGAUUUAUAAAACCUUACAACCUAACCUAUCGUUCUCCCAAUAACCUGUUGUCACCAUGCGGAGGUGUUUGAGAUUUUGAAGGAAAAUGCUGUUGUUUUUCUUCUUUGUUUAGUCAUGUGAAGCUCUGGCUUUUCUGUUAGGUUUAUGGGCAUUACAGCCUGUCCCCAAGAGCAAAGAAGCUCUGUUCAGAUCACAGACUGAAGGGCUUCGUCAUCUUUAUCAGUUUGUUGCCAUAACUUGUGCUGUUCCAUAGCUUUUUCUCUCUGACAAUGCAUUUGGAGUAAGGUUUGACUUGACGUGCCAGUUCAGUGUUCACAGAUGUCAGAAGUGGUUUUUUUUGUCCUCACCCCGGACGUCAGUGUGCAAUCUAAGAAGCUUGUUCUAACAAUCACCACCCCACUUCUGUCCUCAACUGGGGCGACAUCUGCCAGCCUUCAUUUUGAGUGUUACAAUCAUAAAUUCCCCCAGAACCAGAUUGUUGGUCAGAUGGACAUUUUUCUUGGCUGUGCAACUAAAAGCAAGCAACCUCCCAAAGCAAGGGGCUUCCUGCGGUCUUUCAGGGCAGCCUGCACCGCCUCCUGCGUCGUCUCCACAACCAUCAACAAGGGUGCAAAAGGGGAAAGCAAAAGGUGUUUUUGCAUGUCAGAUUUCUGUUCCCCCUGUUUUUUCCUCCCUGUCCCCUCUCUUGAUUUUGAUCUGGAAAUGUCCAAUAGCUUUUAUUUAAUGUGGAAAAAGAACACAGAAAUAAAUUAUUUGAUUUUUUUAAUGCUGUAAA